GCCGUCGACGUUUCUCCGUUGCUCCACUACAUACCGAUAUGUGUGUAUGGCUAGUAUGAACCAAAUAGUCUAUGGUACACAUAAAGUACACACAAUUACUAUACACGAUAGAACAAACUGAAACGUCACAUAAAAUAGAAUAGAGAAAAAAAAAGCACAACACAGCACAGCAUACUCGUUAAAAUUGAAUCCACGACCAAAAAUAUUGUGUGUUGUCUCUCUUCUCUGCAACACACUCACAUACAUGCCAGCGAGCGCUGAUCACGGAGAGCACUCAACUGUGUAGAUGAAUUAAAUAAAAAAAGGCAGCGAGUACAGAACGAGUGUAAUUCAAUCGCUGGAUUCUAUUGAUUAACAAUAAGCAAAUUUUAAAGUGAGAAAAGAGAGAUUUUGAUGUGUGUUGCUGUUGUGUGUGUUUUUUUUCCUUGUGGCAAAAGGGGUGCAUUAGUGAAUGGAAUCGUGAUCCAAAUUUCGUGCGUGUCAAAAAGUGAACUGAUUUCGCAAAUCGACAACCAUUUUUGGGUGAAUUGAGAGAAAGUAGCAGCAAAGAAAAUAAAGCAGAAAAAAUUUCAACACUCGGACAGCCGAGAGAUACAAUAAUAUACGGAGAGUUAUCCCAAUUCAUUGCGAAUAUUUUAAUUAUUUGCUCAAAUACUAUCAGCACUUUUUUCUUGGUCUGAAAUAAAAUUCGAGCUGUGACAAUUUACUAGUUGAUUGGUGUAUUUAAUUUUGUCAUACGGUUAAAAUUAUUACAUAAAUUCACCGAAUAUACGAGCACCGACGGCGCUUUAAUUAGGUUAUUGAAAUGUCUAAUUGAAUCGGAAGACCGAAAAAAAAAAACUCCAACACAAACAUCACACGAAAGAAAAACAACAAAGCAAAGCCAAGACACUAUACAUCAACAACAAUAAAAAUUUUGCCGUUUUAAGCCCCGAGUUAGUAGCAUAGUAAGCAAUCAAAGACGUAGCAUGACACGAAUGCCAUGCUAUUAUUGUAAAUAAAUGAUAGUUAUUCACAUGAAAACUAAUAAUGUUAUUGGAGCAAGCAAGGCAUACAAUCACAGCAGUUUAUCUAUGUGAAACGCGACCAAAAUGCGAACGAAAAAGCCAUUUCUUAUCGCAUUAUUCCUUUGUGCGUGGACAAUCGUUUCGUAUUAUUUGUUGAUACGUCAAACGGAUUCGUCGAAUGGCAGCAAUCACCAAACAGCAACCGGAACGGUCGAUGCACGCCGCCAUCGUGAUAGUUUACUCAGGCAAUUGGAUCGGCUCGAAUCGAAUAUUGAAGAGGAGAAUGUGAUACAUGAUGUUAUGGUGAAGAAGCUCAUUGAAAUUAUACGGUUAAAGGAUAAAAAAGAUGGUGCAGCCAUUGCAGCCAAAGUGACUCAGCUCAAGAAUGUCACAACAAAACAUAGCAAUGGCAUCGAUGUGAUUCUCGUUGAGGCCAAACCACAUCCAAACGCUAUCGAUAGCUUGGAUGCACCAGACAUUCUUGAUAAUGAAAUCAAAGCAUCGAACACCGAAACGGAGCUCAAUGACAUUGAUGCACCCAUUAUAAAUCGAUUGAAGGAGCUCAAUCAACGCAAACAUGACUUUAAAGGUCCCAUCAUACCCGUUGUCGUAUUUGCAUGCAAUCGAAUUUCGGUGAGCAAUUGCUUAGACGAUUUAGUCCAAUAUCGAACCAGUGCCGAACAAUUUCCUAUCAUUGUAUCACAGGAUUGCAAUGAUGAACCCACCAAAAAAGUGAUCGAAUCAUACAAGGAUAUCACAUUCAUGCGUCAUCCCGAUCAAAGUGAUAUUUUCGUAUUACCAAAAGAGAAAAAAUUCAAGGGAUAUUACAAAAUUGCACGGCAUUAUGGAUGGGCUCUCAACACCACAUUUAAAGCUGGUUUUGAAUACGUUAUUAUUGUUGAAGAUGACUUAAAUGUGUCGCCAGACUUUUUUGAAUAUUUUAUGGGCACGCAUGAAUUGUUGAAAAAUGAUUCGUCGUUAUGGUGUGUGUCGGCCUGGAAUGACAAUGGCAAAAGCAAUAAUAUUGAUGUAUCUAGCCCUGAACUACUUUAUCGCACUGACUUUUUCCCAGGACUUGGCUGGAUGCUGACCAAAAAUCUAUGGACCGAACUAUCACCGAAAUGGCCUAAAGCAUUCUGGGAUGAUUGGAUUCGACAGCCACAACAACGAAAAGAACGAGCUUGCAUUCGCCCGGAAAUCUCACGGACACGAACAUUUGGCAAAAUCGGCGUAUCAAAUGGAAUGUUUUUUGAUAAGCAUUUGCGAUACAUAAAGCUCAACGAACAAAUGGUCAAAUUCACGAAAAUGAAUUUAACGCACUUGUUAAAACAAAACUACGAUAAGCAAUUUCUGAACCACGUGUAUUCGUGCCCAGUGCUGACGUUUGAGGAAGUACGACGUGGCUUGGUGUCGGUGAAGGGUCCGGUUCGAAUUCAAUACAAUACCAAAGAUCAAUACAAACGAACUGCUAAGUUGCUGGGACUAAUGGAUGAUUUCAAGAGUGGAGUUCCUCGAACCGGCUACUUAGGCAUUGUAUCAUUCUAUUACAAUAAUCAACGCGUUUAUUUAGCUCCAUCAAGUAAUUGGAGAGGCUACGAUCUGUCUUGGAGCUAAUGAACUGGAGCUAAAUAAACGAUAAAACAAACUCCAUUUUAUUUAUACAUAAAUAUACAUAAUAGUAACGAGAUCAAUAUGUAGAUCAAUGAGAAAGAUAUGGAACAAAUGAAAAUGCUUAGAAAAAAUAUGUUUUGGUGCUUCAAGAUUCAGGUUUAAGUUUUGGUAUUCAAGUUUUAUGUUUUUUUCGUUUUUGUUUUUUUAAAUUUCGUGCAUUCAAUUUUGAAUGCAUUAUUUUAUUUAUUUAGUUUGAAUCAUUUUUGCUUGCCUCCAAGAUAAAUGAUAGAUAAUUCAGUCUAAAUUUCGAAACGCAUUUAUAUUCCUACGAAUUGUUAUAUUUUCUCUUUAUCCGUUUCAUUCAAAACAAAGUCCUCCGAUAACCUUUUAAAUAAACCAGAAAUAGAAAUAUAGACAGGAAAACAGAACGGACGUUAUACAAGCUGAAAAAAAAUGAAACUAAGAAUGUGAAAAUAAUGUAAAUAAUAAUUAGACUAAUAAUUUUUUUUUUAAUGACUAAAACCAAUUUUCCCAUCUGAUUUAAAUGACCGAUUGAACACCUCGUUUUUAAAUCCCUUUUUUCCUGUUCGCUCGUUCGUGUCAACUGAACAAUUUUUUUGACUAAAUUUUUUUUAUAUACACAGUGUAUUACACACGCAAGCCGAUUUUUCAUAUUCCAAAUUUUGAUUUUGUGUGACGAGAACAAGAUAUUUCUGAUUCUUGCCCACGGCUUUCAACUGACCGUAUAUAUAUAUAUAUUUAGAUCAUGAAAAAAUAAACCACCAAAUAAAACUAAACGUAGACGAAAAGAAAA